AUGGUGUGUGAACUCUGGACUGGUCCGAAGAGUUACAAUUUUGCACCGUACAUCACAAUUUCGCCCAUGAAAUCCUGCCAUCUUCAGCUAUAAGUAGGGCUUUAGGGAGUGAGCACAUCCUCCAUCAAGAGACACAAUGGCUUCCAAGAGCACCAGGAGGAGCCUUCUCCCCGCCUUCCUUCUCCUCGCUCUGCUACUUCUCGCCUUCGGGCGGGUGGAGAAAGCGGAGGCAAGGCUCUGCUCAUCACCCAGCAAAAAGUUCAUAGGGUUGUGCUUCAGCGACAGGAACUGCGCAAACGUCUGCCACAAUGAGGGCUUCCCUGGGGGUGACUGCCAAGGCUUCCGCAGACGAUGCAUGUGCCAGACGCCAUGUCCGUCCGAGCACUAGCUCCUCCUGAUGCCCACGACCGAUCGUCCAAUAAAAGCGGCUAUUACCCAUCGAGAAGUAAUAUCCGGCAGUACUCUGUCUAUGUCUGUGGGCGUUGGCCUCUGUGAUGCAAGCGUCCUUUAUCUAGUGUUAUUGUCCGCUUCUUCUCCAUUGUGUUCUCUUGUAAGCUUAUGCAAUCUAUAAAUUCCUAGUUUCUA